AAACACCAGAAGAAGAGUGACGUUUCAGUCUAACUGAAGUCUCGUUUAAUAUCGUUAUUAUAAACUGGUUUGUUCGUUUGAUCUUUAGACGGGACCAAAUGAGAGAUAAAGACACAAACCGACCCUCUUCAAAAUCCACGAUCACAAUUCACACCUUCUGUGAAGCUCCUCCCACAGUAAUCCACCAAUAAAUGCUGUGAAUAUCCCCAUCAGCCUACAAGAGAAGAUCUGUAUUCAAGCAAACAGGAACAAUUGAAAUCUGAAAUGAAAGAGUUUGUGAAAGAGGAAGGUGAGAACAUGAGUGAUGCAGAAUCCUGGAGAAUAAAACAUGAAGAUACUGAGGAACAAAGAGAUUGGUGUCCAUUCUUGAUUCUAAACAAACAAGAACAACUGAAAUCUGAAACUAAAGAGAUGGUGAAAGAGGAAUGUGAGAACAUGAGUGAUCCAGAAGCCUGCAGAAUAAAACAUGAAGAUACUGAGGAACAAAGAGACCUGAUGGACAUUAAGGAGGAAAGUGAAUUGGAGGAGAAACAUCAUGAUUUCAUCACUGGAGAAACAUCUUUGAGUAGCUCUCAGACUGAAAAUGUCUUACAAAACAGAUCUCAACAAUCAAAAGCCAUAAAUGCUUUCACCUGCCCUCAUUGUGGAAAGACUUUCAGACAAAAAACAAACCUUAAGAGGCACAUAAGAAUUCAUACUGAAGAGAAUCCUUUUACAUGCCAACAAUGUGGAAAGAGUUUCAGACAAAAAGCAAACCUUAAGAGGCACAUAAGAAUUCAUACUGAAGAGAAUCCUUUUACAUGCCAACAAUGUGGAAAGAGUUUCAGACAAAAAGAAACCCUUAAGAGCCACGUGCGAGUUCACACUGGAGAGAAACCACAUGCAUGUGAUCAGUGUGGAAAGACUUUCAGACAAAAAACAAACCUUAAGAGGCACAUAAGAAUUCAUUCUGAAGAGAAUCCUUUUCCAUGCCAACAGUGUGGAAAGAGUUUCAGGCAAAAAGAAAACCUUAAGAUCCAUAUGAGAGUUCAUACUGGAGAGAAACCUUUCACAUGUGUUCAGUGUGGAAAUAGUUUCACACAAAAAGAAACCCUUCAGAGCCACAUGAGAGUUCACACUGGAGAGAAACCGCACGCAUGUGAUCAGUGUGGAAAGACUUUCAGACAAAAAACAAACCUUAAGAGGCACAAAAGUAUUCAUUCUGAAGAAAAUCCUUUCACAUGCCAACAGUGUGGAAAGAGUUUUAGACAUAAAGAUAACUUAAAUAGGCAUAUGACAACACACAGUAGAGAGAAGCCGCAUGCAUGCCAACAUUGUGGAAAGAGUUUCAGACAAAAAGAAAACCUUAAGAGCCACAUGAAAGUUCAUACUGGAGAGAAACCGCACGCUUGUGAUCAGUGUGGAACGAGUUUCGCGUGUAAAAGGAACCUUAAGAAUCACAUGAGAAUCCACACUGGAGAGAAGCCAUACACAUGUGAUCAGUGUGGAAAGAGUUUCAAAAGGUCACAAAGUCUCCACGAUCAUCUGCUCUCUCACACUGGAGAAAGAUCAUUUAACUGUGAUCAGUGCGGUAAAAAUUUUGCUGUGAAAUCAGCCCUGAAGCAACACCUGAGAGUUCAUGCAAAGGAGAAGCAUGAUUGUUCUUUGUGUGAAAAGAGUUUUUCGCAUUUGGUGAACCUGAAAAGGCAUGAGAAAAUACACAACGGUGUGAAGGAUUAUAUGUUCUGUGAGUGUGGAAAGACUUUUACUGCUUCCAAAGAUUUGAAACGACACCAGAGAAUUCACACUGGAGAAAAACCUCACGUGUUCACACUGUGACAACCAGAGGCGGGCCUACGGACAGGCAAGGCAGGCAAUUGCCUGGGGCCCCAAACUGUGAAAGGGCAUCCCGUGGGCAGCAAUUACAGUAGUUAACAUCAACAACACUUGAAACCAAUGAUUGGCAAUGCUUAGUAGACUAGAAUGACAUUUUUGAAAACCCUCUAGGGGGUCCCCAUACCUUUAGCUAUGAUCAAAUUCAAGCAGGGCUGGAUUGGUAAUUUGGCGUACCGGGCAUUUUCCCCAGUGGGCCGACUCACUUUGGGGCCGAUGGGGGCGGACUGGCCAUUGGGAGAACCGGGACUAAACUGAAAUGAGACACCGCAUUAUGCAGAACGGGCCACAAAUUGCUGCCGCAAUAUGCCAAAGGGGGCAGCGAUGUUCAGAAAAGGACAGCGACACAAACCCCCAACAACUUUUGGCCCAGUUUCUAUGUAAAUCUCGGGCCGAUUUCACUUCCCAGUCCCCCUGAGUUAAAGUAAGAGCUGGAUGCAGGCAACAUGAAGAGGACGUCCAAUGUACUAAUCUGGGAGUCAGAAGAGGAGAAAAGAAAGUGGAAAAGAAGCAUGACAGUGCCGACGGAUAGAGAAUCUGUCAUUUUUACUGAAUUGCGAAAGUGCGAGUCGUAAUGAGUAUUGUUUACAUUCACUGCAUGUUAUUCUCCAUACAAUUCUUAUUUAAUUAUGACAAAAUAUAGCUAGAUCAUUAGAAAGGCGUACUCCAGCUUUGAAAUUUCACCACUGUUUUAUGAUAGAAAUGUUACAGUGAGAGUAUUUAAUUACAUCAGGAGUAUUUACAUCUGACAUGGAAAA